GAGGAGGGAGCCCUGGCAUGAGGAGGGAGCCCAGAGACAGGAUUCUGGCUGGGGCAGGUGGCUGAGGGUGCUCAAUGGAGGACCUGUCAUGCGCAAUGGGUGAGCAAAGCUUUUGGGGGGGUGAGUUUUUAAUUUUGAUUUUUUUUAUCAUUAGUGCUGGUGCCUCACGGACACACACUCUGGACCUGCCCAUGCAUUGAUAAGCUCGGGAAACUGAACUACCCCUGUUCUCCAGCCCAGAAGCAGCCAUGGCUGCAGAGAGCCCUGUGGAAAGUCUCUGGGAGAAAGCGAUGCAUCCUGUCUGUCUGGAGGAUUUCACAGCCCCUGUCACUCUGGAGUGUGGGCACAAUGUCUACCAGGACUACCUCAGCCCUCAGUGCAGAGACACUGUGCAGCAGGGACCCCUCCAGUCUAACAGGGAGCUGGCAAAAGUGGUGGAACUAGUCAAGCCGCUGAGUUUCCAGGCAGCAAAGAGAGCAAAAUGUGACAGGGUGUGCAGUAAGCACCAGGAGGCUCUGAAGCUCUUCCAUGAAGAGGAUCAAACUCCCAUCUGUGUGGUGUGUGACAGAUCCCAGGCUCACACGGUGGUGCCCAUAAAGGAAGCUGCCCAGGAGUACAAGGAAAAUUUGGCAGCCCAUUUGAAGGCUCUGAGGGAAGAGAGAGAAAAGCUGCUGGAAUGGAAAGCGACAGCAGAGGGGAAAAGCCAGGAGUAUCUGAAACAGACACAAGCAAAGAGGCAGAAGAUUGUGGCUGAGUUUCAGCAGCUACAGCAGUUCCUGGAGGAACAAGAGCAACUCCUGCUGGCUCAGCUGGAGAAGCUGGAUGAGGACAUUGGGAGGCUCCAAACUGAUGCUGACAGGAAACUCUCCACACAGAUUUCCUGUCUCAGCAAGCAGAUCGGUGAGCUGGAGGGGAAGUGUCAGAAGCCAGUGAGUGAAUUCCUGCAGGAUGUCAGAAACACCUUGAACAGGUGUGAGACAGGACAGUUCCAGCCACCAGAGGAGAUUUCCCCGGAACUGGAAGAGCAAGUCAGUGGUUUCUCCCAGAAAAUGAUUAUGCUGUCGGAGACUCUGAGGGAAUUCAAAGACACUCUGCCCUCUGCACUGGAAAGAGCAAGAGGAAAAUCCCUGGGAGUUUUCAGACAAGGCUGUAGAACACCCAUGUCUAUCUCCAGCUCAGCCCCUAGACUGCAGAGCCAGGGACAGGAAAUGGCCAUGGUGGAGCCAGUGACCUUCGAGGAGGUGGCUGUAUAUUUCUCUGAGGAUGAAUGGGCUCUGCUGGACCUGAGCCAGAGAGCCCUCUACAGGGAUGUGAUGCAGGAGAAUUAUGAGGCUGUGAGCUGGCUGGCAGGUGUUGGGAUGCUGAAUGAGAACAGUGAGAGGACUCUUCAGCAGAAUGGACCUGAACGAGUGGCUCCAUGUGGGGUGUUAGUGGGAAGAUUUGAAGGUCAUGUUUCUCAGAAUCCUGAGCAAGGAGAGACCUGUGAGAGUCAGCAUAGCCUACAAAGGCAGCAGGGAAACCAUCCAGGAGUGAGACAGAGUAAAUCCAGUCAAAGGAGAAGAAGGUUGAAAACAAACACAGAAACUAUUCAAAAGAAAAUCUCUCAUCAACAGUCAUCGUGCACUUGCAGUGACUAUACAACUCUUAUUAAACAUGAAAGAGCCCAAACAGAAGAGAAACCCUUCAAAUGCUCUGAUUGUGGGAAAAGCUUCAGUUGGAGGUCAAACCUUUUUAUCCAUAGGAGAGCCCACACAGGAGAGAAACCUUUUAGUUGCUCUGCCUGUGGGAAAAGCUUCAGUCAGCGGUCACACCUUGACAGCCAUAGGAGAACCCACACAGGAGAACAACCCUUCGGCUGCUCUGUUUGUCGGAAAGGUUUCAGUCACAACAAAAGCCUGAUUAAUCAUCAGAAAACCCACACAGGGGAGAAACCCUUCAGCUGCUCUGCCUGUGGGAAAACCUUCAGUCAGAGGUCACACCUUGAUAGCCAUAGGCGAGUCCACACAGGAGAGAAACCUUUCAGUUGUUCUGACUGUGGGAAAAGCUUCAGUCAGAGGUCACAUCUUGUUACCCAUAGGAGAGCCCACACAGGAGAGAAACCCUUCAGCUGCUCUGACUGUGGGAAAAGCUUCAGUCGGAGCUCAAGCCUUGUUAGACAUAGGAGAUCUCAUACAGGAGAGAAACCCUUCAGCUGCUCUGACUGUGGGAAAAGCUUCAGUCAGCAUGCAAGCCUUGUUAGACAUAGGAGAUCUCAUACAGGAGAGAAACCCUUCAGCUGCUCUGACUGUGGAAAAAGCUUCAGUCGGAGCUCAAGCUUCGUUACCCAUAAGAGAGCCCAUACAGUAGAGAGAACCUUUAGCUGCUCUGACUGUGGGAAAAGCUUCAGUCGGAGCUCAAGCCUUGUUAGACAUAGGAGAUCUCAUACAGGAGAGAAACUCUUUAGGUGCUCUGACUGUGGGAAAAGCUUCAGUCGGAGCUCAAGUCUUGUUAGACAUAGGAGAACCCACACGGGAGAAUCCUUUCAGCUGCUCUGACUGGGAAAAGUUUUAGUUGUAGGUCACAUCUUGUUAUCCAGAACCCACACAGAGAAACCCUUUAACUGCUCUGAUGGUUGGAAAUGCUAUAGUGAGAGUUCAAGCCUUGUUGCACACAAGGGAGAAGCCCUAUCAUAGUGGUGAGCAAAAUUUUCUCUAUGGGCAGAAUCCAGCCCACCUAAGGCUUUGAUCCUAUCCACAAGGUAGUGCUUGGCCCCACCUCCAAAUGGGCAUGUGCUGAGGGGGAAGGAGCUGAGCUCUGUCUCCUCUUCCCACUGUGUAGCCCAGUGUUUCCCAAUCAGUAUUCCAUGGAACCCUGGGAUUCUGCAGACCAUCAUCAGGGGUUCCGCGAGAAAUUGUGGAAUAAAUAAAUAACAAUUUUGAAAUACUGCGAACAAUUCUAAAUAGCCUUCAAAAUAUUGUGGGAAUAUUUGUCCAGCAAUUGGCAAUACUGAAGUAAUCUUUGUACGCUACCAACUGCCUUUUUGUUUUGGUCAGUUCGUAUCUAAAGUUAUAUUUAGUUGUAUUGUGCCUUCCGUUCUGUUUCCCAGAAUUCUCUGAGUUUCUAGUCUUUUCUAGUGCACGUUAUGGUCGUUCGCUGUUUUGUAGAUUUGUAGUCUUUGUGCGGUUUUGUAAUUAACAUUUUUACAGAAACUGUGGUUGUUUUCGUGUAUCUAAAAUCUCACCUACGUAACAGUAUUUUCAUAUGGCCGUCAAAUAAAAAAAAUGUGGAAGUAUAUGAAAAGGAGAGUGAAGGAGAGAACAGUGUAAAUGAAUCAAAAUGAUCAGAGCCAAGUAUGAGUGAAACAGGAAGAGAAGUGACUGAUAUUUAAAAAAUUCACCUUUAUAAUGACAGUUACUAGGCCAUGGGUUUUACGUGGACUGGAGAUGAAAAUUGCCCCGUUCCAUUAUGCGUUGUUUGCGGGGGGAAAACUAACACAGCUAUGGCCCUGGCUAAGUUAAAUGUACACUUCACUACUAAUCACAGCCAUUUGUCAAAUAAAAGAGUUGAUUACUUUCAACAACUUGGAUUCAUAAAGAAAACAACAAAGUUUUUUUUAGAAGAAGCUAACUAUCAGUGGAAAGGCUCAAGAAGUAAGCUAUUUAGUAGCUGAGCUAGUUGCUCGAAAAAUGAAAAGUCACACUAUUGCUGAAAGCCUAGUAACGUCUGCUUGUAAAAUAAUAGUGAGUACAAUGAUAGGCGAAGAGGCUGAAAGUGAAAUUGACAAAGUUCCUGGUUUUAAUAGUACUAUUGGUAGGCAUGUGGAUGACAUGUCACAUGAUAUUGAAGAAUACCUUGUCUGAAAUACUAAAAAAUACUAACUUUGCUCUCUAAGUUGAUGAGUCAACAGACAUAACAAGUAAAGCUCAGCUGUUAGCAUUCAUACAAUUUGAAAGCGAAGGUGAAAUAAUGGAAAAUUUUUGUUGUUGUAAAGAGCUGCCAGAAACAACCAAAGAUCAAGACCUUUUCAACAUCUUGUCUUAUUUGGAAUUCUGUAGUUUGUCAUGGAGCCAGUGCAGUGGAAUUUGCACUGAUGAUGCUCCCUUAAUGAUCAGCUUAAUAAAAGACUGUUACACUCGUCAAAGAAAAACCCUCAUAACGACCCACUGCUUCCUCCACCAGGAAGUUCUUGUUUCAAAACCUAUUGGGAAGGAUUUAAAACAAGUCCUUAAUCUAUCUGUGAACAUAGUCAAUUUUAUAAAGCAGCACCCUCUUAAGUCACGCCUAUUUGCAAAGCUGUGUGAAAAUAUGCAAAAAGACCAUGUGACUCUCCUUCUACACACCGAUAUUAGAUGGCUUUUAAGACGGACCGUUUUAACAAAGGUAUUUGAGCUGUGAGAGGAACUACUGCUUUUCUUCAAAGAUAAUAAAGCUAGUUUUUCUAACUUUCUUGAAGAUACAAAAUGGCUACUGAAACUAGCCUACUUAGCAGAUAUUUAUCGGCACUUAAACACGUUGAACACCACCAUGCAGGGCUCAAAAGAAUACAUUCUAACUUCCACAGACAAACUUCUUGCAUUCAAGAAUAAACUCAAGGUUUGGAAAAGACACCUUUCAAGUGGAAAUAUUGAAAUGUUUCCCUCCUACUUCAGUUUCAGAGUCAAACAGAUUAUAAAGAAGUCAUCCCAUUAAUUACCAGUCAUUUGGAAUCCCUGACAGAAAAGCUUGACCAAUACUUUCCUCCUUUGUCAUCAGAAAUAUAUGACUGUUUUAGGAACCCUUUUGUUGAGUUCUCAUAAAAUUUACACAGUCUGCAAGAACAACAACUGACUGAACUACAGUGUAAUUGAAUUUUAAAGAUAUAAUUAAAUGAAGUGCCACUUGAUGUGUUUUGGAUUUCAAUAAGAAGAGUAUUCUGUGAUCUCAGUAAAAGCAGUGAACAUCUUACUCCAGUUUUCAACUUCUUACCUCUGUGAACAAGCUUUCUCAUGUUUUACAAACAUUAAAAGCAAAGAAAGAAAUCAUCUGCUGUCUGUUUAGAAAGCACUCCGAGUGUGUUUGUCAAAAAAUUGGCCAAGAAUUCAACAUUUGUGCAAAAAGAAACCCCAAAUCAUAGUACCAUACAGCUGGAAGAGACCUUAGAAGGUCAGUGAGUCCAGCCCCCUGCUCUAGGUAGGACCAA